CGUUCAAUUACCAUUUCCAUGCUUACCCCACCACGUUUCAAUAACGCGGCCAUUAUUGAAGUUAUCGGAAGAAACCUUGACUCGACGCUUGCAUGCCGAAGGGCCAGGCGGCGAGUGACCUCGGAUCCUUGUCUGCCAGAACGGCUACCUUCAACUGCAUUCCUACAGCGCGAGGCCGAAAGUGUAGCACCUAAUGAAAUUCUUCGUCAACUGCGACGCACUCCUUCGCCAUCGUCGAGUCCACCUGCAGAGGACGAUGGCUUCACUCAUACCCGUUCUUCUAGCGUGUCUACAGCCUCUGCUUCUGUGCGGUCCAAUGCAAAGUACAAGCCUACAGACAUACAAAGCCUCGGUGCUCCAUGGAAGGAGCCUCAGCCGUUUGAAGUCUUCCGUGCUGUGGAACGUAAGGAUAUCAUGUACUUGAUGGAGAUUCGAGACAGAGCAUUCCAUCUGUUACUCAGGAAGAGCGGAGACGCCACACCACUUCUGCAUGCUAUGCGAAUAGGACAGUCGCACAAAGAAGUUGCUAUCAUUCUACUAGGAGCGUUCUCGCGAUGGGUUAAUCACCUAGAUGAGGCAGACAUUCAGAAGCCAAAGACUAAAGCCCUUCUCAAAGCACUACGUACGAAUUUAAAGCUUGCCAUAGACUAUGGUCUAGCUCAGUCACAAAGUGAUCUCACCGCAUCAUUCCUACAGACGCUCAUCAUGAGUGAAGGCGACAAAUGGGUGUGGGACCAGGUUUCCAAUGUCUCGCUUGCAUUAAGAGCAGGAACAGCUGGCGAACCCGUCAAAGCGGCCAGCUCUGCCGUCCGCAAAUUUGCUACUAAAGAAUUGGGGAAGGCUGCACUCAUCGCAUCGCUGGAAGACUAUGUUGCAAAUGCAACUGUGGAUCUACUAAUGAUGGCAGCAUGGUCGUCAGCGUUGGAUACAAUUCCCGGUGAACAGAUACCUACAUAUUUCUUCGCUCGAGAUGACCGUGUUUUCAAAUGUUUUGCUGAACAGCUCGACAAGUACGCGGGUGCCAUCCGUCAUUCCUUAAGCAAACGUCUUAAGUGGCAACUGCGUGUUCUACGAGCUGUCAUCGAGACGCGGACGACAAGUUACCGAAGAAAGGUGGAGCUAUUGAGUGGUGAAUUCGACUAUGGUGAAGGCGUGUAAGAUCUAUCGUGGACAUUUUUGCAUCUGUAUCUUGGGAUUUUUUAUUGACAUCAUUGUGAAGUACUACCCGUUAAACCUGACGAUGUCCUGCUCAUUAAGGUGCCAUGUUGGUCUUAGAUCCCAACCAUCUGUGGCGUAUAAUGGAGCAAAUAUUAAUUGCAUGUCAGGCAGGAUGACAAGUUGACCUAGUACUUUCUAUCCAUCG